CCUCGUUCUAUCACCAUUCCUAAGUGGUGCGUUUGGACCUGCUUGUAAGAACUAUUCCUAUCGGCUUUUCUUCACCAUGGCUUACGCUGCCUACUAUAAAAACCUGGGUUUGGACUACUACAGCAUCCCAAAUUUCGCUUUUGCCUGUGGAACAACACUACAAGAUGUACGUAUUGCGUACCGUAUCAUCAACCACUCCGCUGCCCGCGGCACUGUACUUAUCCCAACGUGCUAUGGGGGCCUCAUCAACACGACGCUGAACUUCACCACGGCACCAAACGAUUGCCUCAAGGCCUACCGCGUCAUAGUGACCGCUAUGUUGGGCAACGGCGAGUCAGCCAGCCCGUCCAAUACGCCCGGAUUCCCAGAAUCCGGCGAGCUGCGGUACCAGGACGUAGUAAAUGCGCAAUACCGACUACUGACCAAGCACCUCGGCGUGCAGCAACUCGAGGCCAUCAUCGGAUUUUCUAUGGGCGGGCAACAGGCGUACCAUUGGGCCGUCAUGUUUCCCGAUUUUGCGCGACGUAUUGUGCCUAUUUGUUCGAGUGCGCGUACGAGUCCGCAUAACUAUGCCUUUCUCGAGGGACCCAUGGCAGCCCUGACGAGUAGUGCUGACUACUUGGUAUACCGGGCAACUAAGAUUAAAGUGGUGAUGGGAGAGAUCAAGCUGGCAGAUUUGCGACAGGUCCAGCCGGCGAGCGGGAAGAAGGCAUUUGCCAGGGCAUAUGCGGCAUGGUUGACGAGCAGCCACUGGUUCCGUGAGCGCUGGUGGGGGACAAGAGACGGGGGCCAGGGAUUUGAGUCUAUUGAGGCCUGGAUGCAGGAUAGGGAGACGGCAUAUUUGGACUGGGAUGCGGAUGACAUGCUGGCUUUGGCGAGUAUGUGGCAGAUGGGAGAUGUUAGUACGGUAAUUCCGGGACAAGAGGUACUGAGCCAACGAGGUGGCAAGCAGGGGGAUGACGGCGGCUACCACGAGGCUCUGACUAGCAUCAAGGCCCGUGUUCUCGUCAUGCCGUGUCAGACUGAUCAGUACUUCCCACCCGAGGAUGGGGAGACUGAGUGCAAGCAUCUGGCUAGGGGGACUUUCGCCCCUAUUCCCAGUGUCUGGGGCCACGUCGCCGGUGGUGGUAUGGAUUUGGAAGCCGUCGCAUGGAUGAAUAAAAAUGUUGGGAGGUUCAUGGAUGAAGAAUUAUACUCGGGAAAAUAG